AUAUGUUAGCACUGAUCUUAAAAAGAAGUUUUUAAUACUUUCAUUUUAUUUUCAGCAAGGACACAGUACCUGAAAAUAACCAUGAAGUGGAAAAUACUUCCUAUUUACUUGCUGCUGCUGCUUUCUGUUUUCUUGAUUCAGCACGUUUCUUCUCAAGAUUUAUCAAGCUGUGCAGGGAGAUGUGGGGAAGGGUAUUCUAGAGAUGCUGCCUGCAACUGUGAUUAUAACUGCCAAUACUACAUGGAGUGCUGCCCUGACUUCAAGAAAGUCUGCACUGUGGAGCUUUCCUGUAAAGGCCGCUGCUUCGAGUCCUUCAGGCGAGGGAGAGAAUGUGACUGUGACUCAGACUGUAAGAAGUUUGGCAAGUGCUGCCAUGAUUAUGAGAGUUUCUGUGAAGAAGUGCAUAACCCCACAUCACCACCAUCUUCAAAGACUGCACCUCCAGCUCCAGCAGCAUCUCACAACAUCAAAUCAUCCACCAAACAUUCACCUAAAUCACCAAACAAGAAGAAGAUUAAGACAGUUAUAGAAUCAGAGGAAAUAACAGAAGAAUAUUCUGUUUCUGAAAAUCAAGAGUUCUCCUCCUCCUCUUCCUCUUCCUCUCCAAAUACUCGGAAAAUCAAGUCUUCCAAAAAUUCAGCUGCUAAUUCAGAAUUAAAGAAGAAACCCAAAGUAAAAGAUAACAAGAAGAAAAGAACUCCUAAAAAGAGACCUACCUCCGAACCACCAGCUGUAGAUGAAGCUGGAAGUGGAUUGGAUAAUGGCGAUUUCAAGCUCACUCCAACUCCUUACAUUUCUACCAGCAAGGGCAGUAAAGUUACCACAUCUCCCAAGACCACAACAGCAAAACCAAUAAAUCCUAAACUGAGUCUUACACCUAAUCCUAAUACAAGUGCCGCUAAGGUCACAUCCAAGGAGACAUCUUCAACAGCCAAUAAAGAGACAACAGAAGAAACUAAAGAGGCUGGUACCACUAAACAGACUUCAACUAGUGCAAAAGAGAAGACUACUUCAGCUAAAGAGACACAAAGUGCAGAGAAAACAUCUGGCAAAGAUUUUGCUCCCACAUCUGAAGUGCCUGCUAAACCUACACCCAAAGCUGAAACUAUAACCAAAGCCCCUACUCUCACCACCACAAAGGAGCCUGCACCCCCUACCACCAAGAAGCCAGUUCCCACCACCCUCAAGCAGCCUGUACCCGCCACCCUCAAGGAGCCAGCUCCCACUAGUCCCAAGGAGCCCACGACCACCACCACCAAGGAGCCCAUGACCACCACCACCAAGGAGCCCGUGACCACUACCAUCAAGGAGCCCGCACCCACCACCCCCAAGGAGCCCACACCCACCACCCCCAAGGUGCCAGCUCCCACUACUCCCAAGGAGCCCGUGACCACCACCACCAAGGAGCCUGCAACCACCACCACCAAGGAGCCCGUGACCACCACCCCCAAGGGGCCUGUACCCACCACCCCCAAGGAGCCAGCUCCCACUAGCCCCAAGGAGCCUGCGACCACCACCACCAAGGAGCCCAUAACCACCACCACCAAGGAGCCCACACCCACCACCCCCAAGGUGCCAGCUCCCUCCACUCCCAAGGAGCCCGCACCCACCACCCACAAGGUGCCAGCUCCCACCACCCCCAAGGAGCCCGCAACCACCACCCCCAAGGGGCCUGCAAUCACCACCACCAAGGAGCCAGCUCCCACUAGCCCCAAGGAGCCUGUGACCACCAUCACCAAGGAGCCCACACCCACCACUCCCAAGGAGCCUGCACCCACCACCCCCAAGGUGCCAGCUCCCACUAUUCCCAAGGAGCCCGUGACCACCACCACCAAGGAGCCUGCAACCACCACCCCCAAGGAGCCCGUGACCACCACCACCAAGGAGCCCACACCCACCACCCCCAAGGUGCCAGCUCCCUCCACUCCCAAGGAGCCCGUACCCACCACCCCCAAGGUGCCAGCUCCCACCACUCCCAAGGAGCCUGCAACCACCACCCCCAAGGAGCCCGUGACCACCACCCCCAAGGGGCCUGCAAUCACUACCACCAAGGAGCCUGUGACCACCACCACCAAGGAGCCCACACCCACCACCCCCAAGGUGCCAGCUCCCACUACUCCCAAGGAGCCUGUAACCACCACCCCCAAGGAGCCCGUGACCACCACCCCCAAGGAGCCUGCAAUCACUACCACCAAGGAGCCUGCACCCACCACCCCCAAGGAGCCCGCACCCACCACCCCCAAGGUGCCAGCUCCCACUACUCCCAAGAAGCCCAUGACCACCACCACCAAGAAGCCUGCAACCACCACCCCCAAGGAGCCUGUACCCACCACCCCCAAGGAGCCAGCUUCCACUAGCCCCAAGGAGCCCAUGACCACCACCACCAAGGAGCCCACGACCACCAACACCAAGAAGCCCACACCCACCACCCCCAAGCUGCCAGCUCCCACUACUCCCAAGGAGACCAUGACCACAACCACCAAGGAGCCUGCACCCACCACCCCCAGGGAGCCUGCACCCACCACCCCCAGGGAGCCUGCACCCACCACCCCCAAGGUGCCAGCUCCCAAGGAGCCCACCCCUACUACCCCUGAGGAGCCCACUCCUACCACCUCUGAGGAGCCCGCUCCCACCAUCCUCAAGGAUCCCACACCGACCACCCCUGAGGAGCCCACUCCUACCACCCCUGAGGAGCCCACUCCAACUACUCCUGAGACACCUGCUCCAACCACCUCAGAGUCCUCUACUCCAACCACCACCAUGGAGCCUCCCUCUACCCCCAAGAUUCCUGCUAAACCAACUCCUGAGCUACCUGAAGAACCCACAUCAAAGGCUAUUGAAGACAGCCCCAAGGAGCCUACUGUACCUAUAACCAAGGGUCCUGAAGUGACCAAACCCGAAAUGACUACAACACCUGAAAUUACAACUCCUGCACCUAAGAUGACAACAAAAAUACCCACAACUACAAGAAAAGAAAAGACUUCUGAAUCUAAAAUAACAAGUACAACUAUGCAAGUGACAACUAUCCCAACUGAAGAUACUACAACAUCAGCCAAAACAACUCUUACAGCAACAGCUGUUGCACCCCAAGUAACUACUACAACAAAAAAGACGACUACGACUGAGACUAAGAAGAAACCUGAAGCAACAGCUAUACCAAAAGAUACGGCUACUAAGUCUAAAAAGAAAACUCCCAAACCUCAAAAGCCAACCAAAGCACCCAAAAAACCCACUUCUACCAAAAAGCCAAACACAACACCUAAAGUGAGGAAGCCAAAGAUUAGACCAACUCCCUCAAAGCCGAUGACGUCAACAAUGCCUGAAUUGAGCACUAUCUCUUUAGCUGAAGCCACCACCAGUCCUAACCAAGCUCCAAACUCAGAAAUAGUUGAAGUAUAUCCAAAGAAUGAAGAUAUAGAUGCUGCUGGAGGAGAAAAACCUUACGUGAUUCCCAGGCCCCCUGUGUUAAGACCUAUAGUUAUUUCAGGCAUUGAUUCCUUAGUGAGACCCCAUCAAGGCAUUAACAUCAACCCCACGCUUUCAGAUGAGACUAAUUUAUGCAAUGGUAUACCAGUAGAUGGACUGACUACUUUGCGCAAUGGGACAUUAGUUGUAUUUCGAGGUCAUUAUUUCUGGAUGCUAAGUCCAUUCGGUCCACCCUCUCCACCUCGUAGAAUUACUGAAGUUUGGGGUAUUCCCUCCCCCAUUGAUACUGUUUUUACUAGAUGCAACUGUGAAGGAAAAACUUUCUUCUUUAAGGAUUCUCAGUACUGGCGUUUCACCAAUGAUAUUAAAGAUGCAGGGUAUCCCAAACAAAUAGUAAAAGGAUUUGGAGGACUAAACGGAAAAAUAGUGGCAGCUCUUUCGAUAGCCAAAUACAAAAAUAGGCCUGAAUCUGUGUAUUUUUUCAAGAAAGGUGGCGGCAUUCAGCAGUAUACAUACAAACAGGAACCUGUCAGCAAGUGCACCAGAAGAAGGACUGUUGUCAAUUAUCCAGUGUACAGAGAAACGAUACAGAUUAGGCAACGUCGCUUUGAGCGAGCUAUAGGACCUUCGCAAACACACACCAUCAGAAUUCACUACUCUCCCGUCAAACUCACUUAUCAGGACAAAGGUUUUCUCCAUAAUGAAGUUAAAGUGAGUACACUGUGGAGAGGACUCCCAGCUACGGUUACCUCAGCUAUAUCACUGCCCAACAUCAGAAAACCUGACGGCUAUGAUUACUACGCCUUUUCUAAAGAUCAAUACUAUAACAUCGAUUUGCCUAGUAGAACAGCAAGAGCAAUUACUACUCGUUCUGGGCAGACCCUAUCCAAUGUGUGGUACAACUGCCCUUAG